CUGAACGAAAACAAUUGUAGAGAAUGGCAGACGGUGGAGUCGACGAGCUUAAACAGCUUGAAUACCUGUCGUUGGUGUCCAAGGUCUGCACUGAACUCGACAACCAUUUGGGAAUAAGUGACAAGGAUCUGGCCGAAUUUGUCAUCAGCCUUGCUGAAAAACAGCCAACCUUUGAUGGUUUCAAGUCACUUCUGCUCAAAAAUGGAGCGGAGUUCUCAGAUUCUCUUGUCAGCAAUUUGCUCAGGCUUAUCCAAACCAUGCGACCCCCAUCCAAAGCAUCUUCAAGCAAAGACUCUGAGCCCUUGGUUAAGCAAAAGACGGAAAAGGAGAAAUUGAAGGAGAUGUUCCCUGCACUAUGUAGACCAAACGAUCCAGUCCCAAAGAAGAUGCUUGAUGAGGAUGAUGUGAAAGUAGCAGCAGAUGCCAUGAAGGAAUUGGAAAUGUUUAUGCCCAGCGUCAGUAGAGUGGACACAAAAAGCAGCAAGACCAGAUCAGACAGAAAAAGGCGACACAGCAGAAGUCGUAGCAGAAGCAGAGACCGCGACAAAGAUCGGGACCGUGACAGGGACAGGGACAGGGACAGGAGGAGACGGUACCGUUCUCGAUCCCGUUCCAGAUCCAGGUCUCGUUCCAGGGACCGCGACCGUCACAGAGACAGAGACAGAGAUAGAGACCGUGACCGAGAUCGUGAUCGUGAUCGUGCCAAAAGAAGAGACAGGUCAUCCCGCUGGACUGAGCGCUCACCUAGUCCCCGCAGAGAAAAAGAUAAAGACCUUGACAGAGACUCUGAUCGCUGGAAAGACAAACAUGUGGACCGGCCUCCACCAGAGGAGCCAUCUGUGGGAGAUAUCUACAAUGGCAAAGUAACCAGCAUCAUGCAGUUUGGUUGCUUUGUACAGCUGGAGGGACUGAGGAAACGAUGGGAGGGUCUGGUCCACAUCUCAGAGCUGCGUAGAGAAGGUCGUGUGGCCAAUGUGGCUGAUGUGGUCAGCAAGGGCCAAAGAGUGAAGAUCAAGGUCUUGUCAUUUACUGGCUCAAAAACCAGCCUCAGCAUGAAGGACGUGGACCAGGAGACAGGAGAGGACCUGAACCCCAACCGUAGGCGGAACGCUGGCCCGGAUGGGGGGGAGGAGACCUCCAUGAGAAACCCUGACCGUCCCACCAACCUAAACUUGGGCCAUGCCCCUGAGCUGGAGCAGGACGACACCCUGGAGCGCAAGAGGCUCACCAAGAUAUCGGACCCAGAAAAGUGGGAGAUUAAACAGAUGAUUGCUGCUAAUGUCCUGUCUAAAGAGGAGUUCCCUGAUUUUGAUGAUGAGACAGGAAUCCUUCCAAAGGUUGAUGAUGAAGAGGAUGAGGACUUGGAGAUUGAGCUGGUAGAAGAGGAACCCCCAUUCUUGAGAGGACAUACAAAACAAAGCAUGGACAUGAGCCCUGUCAAGAUUGUUAAGAACCCAGAUGGCUCGUUGUCCCAGGCAGCCAUGAUGCAGAGUGCUUUGGCUAAGGAGAGGCGAGAGCUUAAGCAGGCUGCGCGUGAGGCAGAGAUGGACUCCAUCCCCAUGGGGCUCAACAAGCACUGGGUCGAUCCACUGCCAGACGCUGAAGGAAGGCAGAUAGCAGCCAACAUGAGAGGCAUUGGCAUGAUGCCCAACGACAUCCCAGAGUGGAAGAAGCAUGCCUUUGGGGGCAACAAGGCUUCCUACGGAAAGAAGACUCAGCUCUCUAUCCUAGAGCAGAGAGAAAGCUUGCCUAUUUACAAGCUCAAGGAGCAGCUCAUUCAGGCAGUUCAUGACAACCAGAUCCUGAUUGUAAUUGGAGAGACUGGUUCUGGAAAGACCACCCAGAUCACUCAGUACCUGGCAGAAGCAGGCUACACCACCCGUGGGAAGAUAGGCUGCACUCAGCCUCGUCGUGUGGCCGCCAUGUCUGUGGCUAAGAGAGUCUCUGAAGAAUAUGGUUGCUGUCUGGGUCAGGAGGUGGGCUACACCAUUCGUUUUGAGGACUGUACAAGCCCUGAAACCGUGAUCAAGUACAUGACAGAUGGUAUGCUGCUGAGAGAGUGUCUGAUUGACUCUGAACUCGGCCAGUAUGCCAUUAUCAUGCUUGACGAAGCCCACGAGAGGACAAUCCACACAGAUGUUCUCUUUGGCCUGCUCAAGAAGACGGUACAAAAACGAACAGACAUGAAGCUGAUUGUAACCUCAGCCACACUGGAUGCUGUUAAGUUCUCUCAGUACUUCUACGAAGCCCCCAUCUUCACCAUCCCAGGAAGAACAUACCCAGUUGAGGUCCUGUACACCAAAGAACCUGAGACAGAUUACCUUGAUGCUAGUCUUAUCACAGUCAUGCAGAUCCACCUGACGGAGCCUCCAGGUGAUAUCCUUGUGUUUCUAACUGGUCAGGAGGAGAUUGACACAGCCUGUGAGAUCCUGUAUGAACGGAUGAAGUCUUUGGGACCUGAUGUUCCUGAGCUGAUCAUUCUGCCCGUCUACUCUGCACUGCCCAGCGAGAUGCAAACCAGGAUCUUUGACCCUGCACCCCCAGGCAGCAGAAAGGUGGUUAUUGCCACCAACAUUGCAGAAACCUCUCUUACAAUUGAUGGAAUCUACUAUGUGGUGGACCCUGGCUUUGUGAAGCAGAAAGUUUACAACUCCAAAACUGGCAUUGAUCAGCUCGUAGUGACUCCUAUCUCACAGGCUCAAGCAAAGCAGAGGGCGGGCAGAGCUGGCAGAACAGGCCCAGGGAAGUGUUACAGGCUCUACACUGAGAGAGCCUACAGAGACGAAAUGCUGACGACCAAUGUACCUGAAAUCCAGAGAACUAAUCUGGCCAGCACUGUGUUGUCUCUUAAGGCAAUGGGCAUCAAUGACCUGCUUUCAUUUGACUUUAUGGAUGCCCCCCCCAUGGAAACUCUGAUCACAGCCAUGGAGCAGCUCUAUACUUUGGGAGCUCUGGAUGAUGAAGGCCUGCUAACACGGCUGGGUAGAAGGAUGGCUGAGUUCCCUCUGGAGCCGAUGCUGUGCAAGAUGUUAAUCAUGUCCGUCCAUUUGGGCUGCAGUGAAGAGAUGCUCACCAUUGUCUCCAUGCUGUCUGUGCAAAAUGUCUUUUACAGACCUAAGGACAAGCAGGCUUUGGCCGACCAGAAGAAGGCAAAGUUCCACCAGCCUGAGGGAGACCAUCUGACUUUGCUGGCUGUCUACAACUCCUGGAAGAACAACAAGUUCUCCAACCCCUGGUGCUAUGAGAACUUCAUCCAGGCCCGCUCCUUGCGCAGAGCCCAGGACAUCCGCAAGCAGAUGUUGGGCAUCAUGGACAGACAUAAACUGGAUGUGGUAUCUUGUGGAAAAGCCACAGUGAGGGUUCAGAAAGCCAUAUGCAGUGGAUUCUUCAGAAAUGCUGCCAAAAAGGACCCCCAAGAAGGCUACCGGACUCUUAUUGACCAGCAAGUGGUGUACAUCCACCCCUCCAGUGCCCUGUUCAACCGCCAGCCUGAGUGGGUGGUGUACCAUGAGUUGGUGCUGACCACUAAAGAGUAUAUGCGUGAGGUGACCACCAUUGACCCUCGCUGGCUGGUGGAGUUUGCACCAGCCUUUUUCAAAGUAUCUGACCCCACACGCCUCAGCAAGCAGAAGAAGCAACAACGCCUUGAGCCUCUCUAUAACCGCUAUGAAGAGCCCAAUGCAUGGAGAAUCUCCCGCGCCUUUAGAAGGCGUUAAAAGUUUAAAUGUGGAAGUACAAAAGACGGAUGCUUUGAUGGUGGCAAGGGCUGCAGGGGUGUAGCCCUUGACUGGUUACUGUUUGAAAUAUACUCAAUGGACAGUAUAGCUGUGACACCAGACCUUUCAAGAUGAAAUCUGUACUAUCACAAUCUUAAACUCUUUCUUUGCUCCUGCAGUAAAAACUGUACACAUUGUACAUUUUGUAUUUGUCCCGCAGUCUCCACCUACCAUUUUAUUGUUUUAAAUAUAAUUGUGUCCUUGACCUUGGAGAAGUUUUCCCUCACACGUCUUAGUUUUGCUCAGUUGCCUACAGAGGUAUAAAAGUUAAUGUAGAACUGGGUAAUUAACAUUAUGUAGUACUGACAGCUAUUGCCAAUUCUAAGGCAAACCUUGUAGUCUACAAUGAAAUACAUUUCAUUCAGGCAGGUACAAGAUUUUUUUAUUAUUAUUAUUAUUUUUAAAGAACCCGUUGUACAUGUAUUGGCAUAGAAUUGAACAAGGGAUGAAAGAUGCAACAUAAUUCCUUUAAGACAACCAUUUGAGAUAAAACUUUUGUAAAGAGAUCAAGGCAAACAAAAGGGGCCAUUUAUUUUGACUUUAAACUCUGGUAACAGGCAUACCCUAUUAAUAACAUACUUUAUAAUGGGCCUUUAUGCAAUUUAUUUGCAUAGGACCAUAAAAAUUGAGACAAUGCAUCUUUUAUAUAUUUUUUACUACAUUUGGGAUGACAUUCAUUAGUAUUGUCCUUGUGGAGCUUUCUGGUGUUUGUUUAACUGUAUUUCGAAGUGAAAUCCUGAAAGUAUGUCCUAAUUAAAUACUAAAUUACC